AUGGCGUCGAGUUCCGACGAGGGCGAGAUCAUGGAGAAUGACGCCGUGGAUUUGAAGGCAACUUCACUGCCGAAGAAGUUUGAAGGAAACGGUGUUGACCGUCAAGACAGAACUCGAGAUAGACGCUCGGCCUCCAACUCCCCCGAGUACGACAGUUCCUCCAGAAACAACUACCACUUUUCGAGACGCAGCCGUUCCCCCCCGCCGCCCCGCGGCUUUAAGCGCGCCCGUGACGAGCGUGACUACGCUGGUGGAGGACGACAGGAAACCCGCCGCUUCCGCGUGCAUUACGAAGACGGCGCAAGGGAUGACUACCGCCGCUCACGCGUAUCGUACGAGGACCUAGACCGCCCGCCGUCCCACGGCUCGAACACCAGCUACGACGGUCGCGACAGGAACCGCAGCCGCGAGAGAGACGUAUACAGAGACAGGGACAGGGAGCGCGAUCGCGAGAGGGACCGAUACCCGGAUAAGAGACAGCGUAACCGUACCAGGUCGCCUUACCAGCCCCCGCGCGGUGAGCGAGGAGGUCGCGAUGAUCACUACGCCAGAGACGGCGGGCGCGAUCGUCUCACCGAUUCGUUCCGCGGCUUAAAGUACGAUGACAACAGGGACCGAAACGCCCGAAACGGAGGCGCGGCGCCGAACGGGGUCGCUGUAGGAAUGGAUUCGCGCGCUUCCAGACAAGAUGCUAAACCUGUGAAAGACUCUGCAGACCGUGAAAAUUCUGCGGCUUCUCGCUCUCGGGGCCAGGCGUCCGUCUCCCCUCCUCCCUCCAAGAGGACUCGGUUCCUGCUAACGCCCGACGAUAGCGCUCCGCAGGUGGUGGAACCUGAUCAUAGCUACGAUGAGCCCGAGGAGCCGAUGGUUAUUGACGAGGAAGCUGAGAUCGAACGCAGGCGACGACGCCGUGAUGAGCUACUCGCAAAGUCUAGUUCAGCUACUCCACUGCUUAUUCACGCAUUGCAUGCGACUGACAAGUUGGCGAUUCCAUCACCAGCCCGGGAAAGCACUCCAACAGCGGAUAUCGGUACCCCAGGCACAGGUGAGCAUCUUGUCCUCCAAAGUUUGACAGGUGCUAAGUUCGCAGACAUUGCCUCACCAGCCCGAGACGGAAGUUCGCCUGGCGCUAUUGACAUUGUGAAUGAGAGUGACCUCAUGAACACUCAUGGCGGUGGCGACGCAACGGAAGAGGACGGCCCCUCAGCUGCAGAUUACGAUCCCACGGCCGACAUGAAGGAGGACGAGAGGCGCGAUGAACUGCGACACGGCAACGUGGGCGUUCAUGGCGAAGCUCCUGACAUAAAGAACGAGACGCAGCCACACGAUCAACCUCAGGAAGCCCCCGCGAAGAAGUCAUCAGAAGACGACGACGACGAUGACGAUUUCGACAUGUUUGCUGAAGACUUCGAUGAUGAAAAGUACGCCGCACCUAACCCCGUCAAGGUAGCUGUGGUGGACGAGUCCAAGGCCUCGCCCGCUCUUGCGCCGACAAACGGAGCCAUUCUCGAGGGCGACGACAAGGACGGUUAUUACAAGCUUCGCAUUGGCGAGAUCCUCAACGGCCGUUAUCAAGUCCAGUCGGCUUUGGGCAAGGGUAUGUUUUCCGGCGUUGCGCGGGCCAUCGACAUUACGAACAAGAAACUGGUCGCUGUCAAGAUUAUGAGAAACAACGAUGCGCUGAGGAAGGGAGGUUUCACCGAGAUUGCCAUUCUGCAAAAGCUCAACGACGCCGAUCCAGAAAAUCGCAAGCACAUUGUCAAGUUUGAACGGCAUUUCGACCACAAGGGCCACCUGUGCAUGGCGUUUGAGAACCUGAGUCUUAACCUGCGCGAAGUGCUCAAGAAAUUCGGCAACAAUGUCGGUAUCAACUUGAGUGCUACGCGAGCAUACGCCCAUCAAAUCUUCAUUGGCCUUGCUCACAUGCGCAAAUGCAGUGUCAUCCAUGCAGAUUUGAAGCCUGACAAUAUCUUAGUCAACGAGAGCCGAAAUGUGCUCAAAAUCUGUGACUUGGGAACCGGCAUCGACAAGUCUGAUGCAGCCACAGCGCACAACGAGAUCACCCCGUACCUAGUCAGUCGCUUCUACAGAGCACCAGAGAUCAUUCUCGGUAUGCCCUACGAUUACUCCAUCGACAUGUGGUCCAUCGGUGCCACCUUGUACGAGCUGUACACGGGCAAAAUCCUCUUCGCGGGCGACAGCAACAAUCAGAUGCUCAAGGCCAUCAUGGAGAUCCGUGGCAAGAUCACGCCAAAGCUCUACAAACGGGGUCAACUCUCGGCGAUGCACUUUGAUGAAAUGGGCAACUUUGUCAGCAUGGAGCGGGACAAGGCGCUUGGAAAGACAACCGCCAGGGUCCUGCCCGUCGUCAAACCAACGCGUGAUCUGCGCACCCGCCUCUUUGCCGCGUCAGCGGGUAUGAACGACGCCGAGACGAGGGACCUGAACCAUUUUGUCGACCUGCUCGAGCACUGCUUGACGCUUAACCCGGAGAAGAGGAUCAAGCCCGCCGACGCGCUGAGGCAUCCCUUCUUUAUUGCGAAGGCCGCCGCGCCUGUGAAGAGAUGA